GUGAAUGUUCGAUAUAUUGCUUCUUCCUUGGCUCUCGCCUUUGGUAUUCCUCAAGAAGACGUUGGCACGAUGGGUAAUUGGCAUAAUUCCCAGACAUUUGAAAAUCACUAUCGGCGCGAGUACCUUUCUCUGUUUGACUUUACAAGCGCUUUGAUU